AGGUGAACGACACUCUGCUCUCGGUAUAAUAACUGUAUCCCGUUUUUGACGAUACAAUGAUACGAUUACCGGUAUACUAUUACUAUAACUUAUAGCAGUAGCCUACAACUUUCUAUUACCGUAUAUACUUGUUUUAAGAUAACAUAUAGGCUACACCUAUCUGCAGUUUCAUCAUUAGUGCCGGUACAGCAAUAUGAAUUCAGUGCCUAAAGACUAUGGAUAUGUACUCCUCGCAGCAACAGCUAGUUGGGGAACAUGCAUGUGGAUGGCAAAGAAUGUGGCAGAUGGAAGAAAAAAGUAUGGAGUUCCUUACCCAAGGAUGUAUAGCGAUACUGAAGAUACCUUCAACUGCAUUCAGAGAGCCCACCAAAAUACUCUUGAAUUUUAUCCGAGUUUCUUGUUCUUUCUUUCUACUGCUGGAUUAGAAAGACCAAGAUUUGCAGCAUCCUGUGGCCUCUUGUGGUGCCUGGGGCGCGUUGUUUAUGCUAAAGGAUACUAUUCAGGAAAACCAGAGAAACGUAAUUAUGGUGGUUUUGGAAAUAUUGGAUACCUAGGACUCAUCGGGUGCACAGUAGCCCUUGCUGCAAAGAAAUUGGAACUUUAUUAAUAUAAUUUCUGGCAAAAUUUAUGCAAAUACUGAAUGAGGAUUGCACUAAUUCAUUUAUUUUAAUCUUUUUUCUAAAAAUUUCAUAUACCGGUAUGCCUUUUAUUGUGAUCAUGAUAAUGUAAUGUUGUAAUGUAAUCAUGGUUUUCCUUAUUGUUAUCAAAAUACUUCUAUGUAUUGUA